CUAGUUCCAUCCCUUGGCACGGAUGUAACGGCGCUCACCGACCGACGGCAGCGAAGGUGUGGCGCACACCGUUAAUUUUAAAUUGGCAAAUUUGGAGGGUGUACAGGGUGUCACAGGCUGGGCUGCGCGAUUGGCCUGCCCCGCACCGCCAGCUCGUAUGACCAGACGAAGGAGCUUUAGCCUGUCAUUAGUCGGUCUGUUCCUUGCAUGUUCCUGGAAAUGGGGGAUGGCACGGUAGCUUCAACCACACCCACUGGUAGGGGCAGAAUCCGAGCUUUCAGUCUCGCACUCUGACACUUUGCAGGCUCGGGACCCCCAAGCCGGCUUCAUGGAUACAAAAGACGAGCACCGCCCGCGUUCCCCAACUUUGCGGCGGUGUCGCAUCUUCACUCGUUGAUUUUGUGUGAUCCUCUCUUUCCCGGUUAACUAUCCACUACCUUCGGGCAGCAGUCACUCUUUUAACUCCGCCGCCCAACACCAUCACCAUGCGCUUCCUGUCGCUCUUCGCCCUCGCGGCCCCCCUCGUGGCCGCCAUCGAGUUCACGGCCCCGGCCGCCAACUCGACCGUGUCCAAGGGCGCCAAGUUCGACCUUAGUUGGUCGACCGUGGACACGGACCCGGGCACCUUCAGCGUCUACCUGGUCAACUUUUUCAACUGGCCGCCGCUGUACGUGCCGCUCGUGCUCGACGUCGAGACGACGGCCGGCGAGAUCGAGGUGACGGUGCCGUGCGACGUCGACAGCUCGUGGGGUUACCAGUUCAACGCCAUCAACGGCACCAACACCUACGUCAUCUACGCGCAGACGCCCAAGUUCUUCAUUGGCGGUGGCCCCUGCACGAGCCCGACUCUCGACACCCCCCCUACGUGCGCGGCGGCGGCCACCGUUACCGUCACGGUGAGCACAACCCUUUCCGCCAACUCGACCGGCAAACCCACCACCCUGGCCCCUGUGUCCUCCAAGACCACUGCUGCUCCCUCUCCUGGCAAGUGUCCUGACACCAUUGGCUGGGGCGAAUCAGGCUACAGUCAUCCUGUGACACUGACCCGCGUCCCGCACGCGUCCAACGACGUCCCCACCACCACGCCCGCCCCCGGCGCCUGGACUAGCAAGGACGCCGAGGCGAGCACGAGCACCCUCUACACCACCAUCUACAAGGACCUGUCCGAGGUCAACGGGUGUGCCUGCUAAGGGGCGACGACGACGACGACGAGGAGGAACCGAAACGGGGUAGGGCUUCUGCUCUGGACGAGCCCCCUGCACGGGCUGGCGUCUGCGUCUUUGCUGAUCGCGGCCGGCUCUGCUUGUAUAUACACUACUCGCUCUGUGACCGGGUAGCCUUAAUUUAAACUGUUUAUAUGCCCCACCGAUGAAGCACCCUGGUGAAGCACGACCGUGACUCACGCCUGGUGAAUCAAUAACAUGUAUUAUUUCGUCUGCUUCAAUAAGACUUGCUGCCUUAAGGAGGGACUUCCACGGUUAGAUUUAUCACAAAAGUGACACGGCUC